AUGUACUGGACUGAACAGCAAAAUAUUAUACUGUGCAGAGAAGUAGGGUUUGAAAAUCCCUACGUAUACAAAAAGGGGUCUCCCAAGCGCAGUGAAGCUUGGAAGAAAAUUGUAGAUGUUCUAAACAAAUGUGAUUACCCACAAUUUAAUGUUGACCACAGAGCCAUCUGGUACCACAUCAAUGUCUUGGUAAACAAGUACAAGAAAAAAAUUAGAGUUGAAGAAAGAGCAUCAGGAAUAUCCCCAAAUGAGCCAAGUGAAUUAGAUGACCUAAUACAGAAAAUUAUUGCACUUGAAGAGAGUUCUCCCACAGAUACAUGUGGUAGGGAUAAAGCUGACAAAGGUAAAGCAGAAGAUGCAAGAAUGAAAGCUAUGGAAAGGCUUUCCCAAAGGAAAAAAAGGGCUUUAGAGGGAGCCGAAGAGGGUGAGAACAAACCAAAACGAACAAGAGGAAAAACUGGAGAUGCCAUGGAGUUUCUAAAGGAAAGAGCACAGAGCUGUGCAGAAAUUAGAAAGGGAACUUGA